GCCACCGCCUCAUCUCAUUCUUUUUGAUUCAACGCCGCAGCAAAAUGUUUUCAUGGCUUUGGGAAACCGUUUUCGGCGACGAGGUAGAGGAGCACGACGACACCGUGGCCGUCUCCAUGGCGGAGCUCCGCACCAUUUCUGAGGAUAUACUCAACCUGCGGCGCUCGAUUGAAGACGCCCAAGAAUCCCUCGCCGCAGCCGAGGAAAACACAAAACUUUUCUACCAAAGCAUAGAGAGCCUUUUAAUGGAAACAUACGAUGCUAUGAGCGACCACGCAGAGCUUUCGCCGGAAACCACGGAACUGCAAGCAAUGCGCGCUGCUCUCGAGGACCAGCGUGCUGUAAUAAUGGAAACGAUGGUAACGCAAAAGGACGACGUUGAAGCGCGUCUCUUCCGCUCAGAGAUGCAGCUCCUAUUGCUCGAACAACAGAAGACCAGCUUAGAGGCGUCUGCGCGACAUUUGGAUGUCCCGUCGGUUCACAUCGGACAUGUGACUUUUCCGGCACCAGUCGCAACAGAGUAUUGCUCAUCUACAGAAGAAAGCAAAUAA